AUGGCGCGGACGUGCAUCCGCUCUUCCUUGGCGAGGCCCCUCUGUCACAUGGCGGACUUGCACCCCCCAUCAAUCGCUUCAAUCGCGCGUAACUUCUCCCCAGGUCUCAGCGCGGGCGUGCAAGUCGUGUCAACACACAGCAAACGGGCAUGCACACUGGAUGCGUCCCUCUUACAGUCCCCGCCGUUGCAGUAUUCGCGCGACCCAUCAGCGGCGGAGUGCGCGCGUGGCAUUACAGGCCUCCACGUCUUCGGAGGUCCCGAACUCCCCACGGAGGUGCCGGGUCGCGGUGGAGGGCAGCCCGCGAGCCCCGAGAUCGUCCCUAGGGCGCCCCCCGUCCCCAUGCCCAACGUCCCCCCGCUCACCCCCCCCGAGGUCCCCCCGCCCUCGCCACCCCCCGAAGCCGUCCCCAUCCCGCCCCCCGGAGCCCCAACUCCAACCCCUCCGCCAAACCUUCCGCCCUUCCCCCCGCCCGAAGUUCCAUCCCCAACCCCGCCUGACAUUAUUCCCGAAAUCCCCGAGAUUCCCAACCCGCCUCCGGAGCGAACCCCCGAGAUUCCGGAGGUGCCGACGCCGCCUGACGUGGUGCCGGACAUCCCGGAGAUCCCAGACACUCCGCAUGUGCCGGAAGGGCCGGAGCUGCCUCAUCCGCCCCUGGAGGUGCCGCCGGGAUCUCCUGACGGGCGCGGUGGCACCCUGUGGGCGAGCAUGCACGGCAGUGCGCGUGGUGACUGGUGGCUGACAGCAGCGUAG